CUUCACACCACCAUCCCCGUCUUACUUACGUCACAGAAGAGUCUCAUUUCGUUUAUGAUGUUGACGUGAUCGCUUUUUCAGUUAUUACUAUCUCCACUUUGCUUCUUGCCACUACUUCGCCAACAUGUCAGGAUCACAGCAACAGCGGCCAGAAUCGCCUCCUUAUGUGACAUCCGAUAUGCAUCAAGAUAUGGAAGCAUAUCAGCGUAAUUUCUGGACACGACAAAUGGCAAGAGUAGAAGAACAAGUAUCUCUACCCGAAGACCAAGCAGCAGCAGUAGCGUCUGCUACAGGAAAGCGAGCGAAGAAGCGUGAUGAUGAUGAUGAGGAAGAAGAGGAUGACGAAGCUGGUGAACCAAUGUCAGAUGCGGCAAUAGCAGCAUCAGCAAAAGAAUUAAUGGAAUUAUUCAAACCACAAGCAGGUCAAUUGCCUUUAGCACGAAUAAAAAAAGUGAUGAAAGCAUCGGAUGAUGAUGUGAAAAUGAUUUCUGCUGAAGCGCCAAUCUUGUUUGCAAGAGCAUGUGAGAUUUUCAUUGCGGAUUUAACGUGUAGAUCAUACAUGCAUGCAACGGCAAACAAAAGAAGAACGGUUCAACGAUCAGACGUUGUCGCUGCUGUGGCAGGCUCAAACCUUUUUGACUUUUUGGUUGAUAUUGUACCAAGAAGUGAAGAGGCGGGUGGCUCUGGCGGACGUGCUUCUUCUGCAAAGAAGGAAUCAGCCAAAAACACAGAUGAAGAAGCUGAAGAUGGAAUGGAGGAAUGAGUGCAGGGUGUAUAGAAUGUAUAUGUAUAUUAUUGAUCAAAUAGCAAUAUCUUCUCUCAACGCAUAACAGCGUUGCACUUGGAAGGCACCAAUGC